CACCAUCGGAGAUACCCUGCUCACAAUACACCUUUAAGAACCAAUAUGUUGUUCCACGAAUUUGUAGGUCCUGUUAAGUGGAUGUCGAUCACAUCUCCACCAGACGAAUUAACAUCAAAUGAACUAGGGGAAGGUAACCAAGAAUGCCAAGAAUAUGGAAGAUGAAUUCAUACCAUUGGAAGAUGCCAAUCAACAACAGUAAAAGUCAUUAUGUCGUGCUUUACAAUGCUGACCAAUACAAGUUGGCGACAAUUGAAGGCGGAGACAGUGGAAACAGCGGAAAAGUUUGGCCAGACCGCAGAUCCUAACUUACUGGCAGUACCCACAUCGGAAGAAGGUCCGCUGUUUGUUUACGGGCCGCUGAUACCCAUCACCGAGGGUCCGACGCCGCCGCCUAUCAGCGAGGUCAAGUCUAUGGACUACAUCUAACAAAUACGAGCCGAAACGCCUCAGUAAAACGCAGACGGCUUUACUUCCACAUUGGUAUGCCAGCUGCUGCAGUGCCUGCGUGGGCCUUUAGCAGGACAAUGGAACAAAAAUUACAGUUUAAAACUAUCAGAGCACAGAACGCUUAUUAGCCAUUGUUAAACAAACGUUUCUC